GGUUGGAUCAUGGCGAUGUGCUUCUCCCCAGAGCAGGUGGCGUGUGUUUGUGAGGUUCUUCUCCAGAGUGGAAGCAUGGAUCGCUUGUCCUCUUUCUUAUGCUCUUUACCUUCUGUUUCCACUUCGUCCCACGUGUAUGUGUCCAUGGCCCAGAGUCAGGAGAGCGUGCUGAAGGCGAGGGCUGCGGUGGCCUUCCACCACUGCCGUUUCUCUGAGCUGUACGCCCUGUUAGAGGGGAACGUGUUCUCGCUGCGCAGUCACCCUCUCCUCCAACAGCUCUGGCUCCGCGCUCACUACAUGGAGGCUGAACUUCAGCGGGGACGCCCUCUUGGAGCCGUGGGGAAGUACCGCAUUCGUCGCAAGUUUCCUCUUCCACGUACCAUCUGGGAUGGAGAAGAGACCAGCUACUGCUUCAAGGAGAAGUCUCGCAGUGUGUUGAGAGAGUGGUACUGCAGAAAGCCUUACCCCUCGCCGAGAGAGAAGCGAGAUCUGGCUGCAGUCACUGGACUCACCGCUACACAAGUCAGCAACUGGUUCAAGAACCGGCGACAGCGGGACAGAGCUGCGACCAGCCGACAAGACAGAACAUCAUCAGGAGUGUUCCUGAGCUCUGAUGAGGAUCUCUCUCCUCCGGGAAGCCCCAGCUCACUGUUCUCCUGCUCCCAGCAGCUCUCUGCCCCCCCGCCUCCUCUCAGACACCUGGGACCAGCACACUACUGAACCAAAGCAGUGGACUACAGGGCAAAAGGCAAAGUUCGGUCAUUUAAAGGUGCUGCAAGUGUGUUUGCACAUACAUAAACUGUCUGAAAUAGAUGUCUUUAGAAAUCACAGCUGACUCUGUUAGCCUCUGUGAACUGUUGAGUCAGGGGAAUCUGCGGACUCUUUUUAGCCGUCCCAGACAGCAACAUAGUGUCGGCCC